GACAGUUGGUAAACCUGCGCGCGUCGCGAGCUCUUGCAGAGGCCAGCCCACUGAUGUCUACUGCUGCUCGCCAUCGCUGUAUGAGGCUGUGUGUCCCGUACAACGUGGUCCUAUGAGUUUUGCCCCUUGCACGCGUGAGUUGCAGUCAGUGCGCCUGUCUCAUCUAAACCUCCAGACUUAUCACUCUUCGUGCACAGUCGAGUAAUUUACUAACAUUUAUUGGAAAAACUAAAUCAGCGGUGCAGUUAUUGAUAGAAUUCAGCGUGACUUAUUGCGGUUCGUUCGGAACAGUCGUCUUGAAUUCCCCGUAACCGGUUAAGUGCGAUUCAGCUAGAGUUAGAAAGGGAAAUACAAGUAGAGACUCGCGUUGGCAAGUCAGUACCUAAGUCGGUGCCUGAAUCGAAAGGCGUGCAGUGCUGCUGCUGGCGCGCAACGUAGCACGCUGUCGCGCUCCAUCGAGCACAUUCCGCUGUUCUUUCCCUGCCCUGAAUUCAGACUUCUCGAAUAGUCGUUUUGACGGGUCUGGAAAUUCUGCCCUCGUACACGUGCUCGUCGUGUUCUCGCAUCUUAUGUAACGCACGGCGAAUGUGCGAGAUAUAGCUCAAUCGUUCGUGUACAAUCUUAACGAGAAUGCCGUCCGACGCGAAGAAGAAGCAGCAACUGAAAAAGAAAGAGGCCGCGAAAGCAAGGCAGACCGGAAAGAAACCUACUCAGAAUAAACCUGGGGAGGAUGAAAAGGAACGUAUUGCGCUGGAGGAAGUCGAGAAUGGAACCAAUGGGACUACGGCCCUUAGCGCAGAAGAGGCUCUGUGUCUGAAAUUGGAAGCCGAUGCCAGACUGAAUGCGGAAGCUCGAUCGUGUACGGGAUCAUUGGCAUCGCAUCCUCGUAGUCGAGAUAUUAAGAUAUCAAACUUUUCUAUUACUUUCCAUGGUUGUGAACUACUGCAGGAUACUAUGCUCGAGUUGAAUUGCGGAAGACGCUAUGGUUUACUUGGACCUAAUGGAAGUGGAAAGUCUACUUUACUCUCGGUAGUUGGCAAUCGGGAAGUUCCCAUUCCUGAUCAGAUUGAUAUUUUUCAUUUAACGAGGGAGAUGCCUGCUAGUAAUAAAACUGCCCUGGAGUGCGUUAUGGAGGUUGAUGAAGAACGAGUACGUCUGGAGAAACUAGCCGAGGAACUAGUGGCUUGCGAGGAAGAAGAUGCACAGGAACAAUUAAUGGAUGUGUAUGAAAGAUUGGAUGACAUGUCUGCUGACACUGCUGAAGCUCGUGCCGCGCACAUUUUGUUUGGUCUUGGAUUCACUCCUAAGAUGCAAAGGACACCUACCAAAGAUUUUUCAGGAGGAUGGCGUAUGCGGAUAGCAUUAGCUAGAGCAUUGUAUGUCAAACCUCAUUUGCUUUUGCUGGAUGAACCUACUAACCAUCUUGAUUUGGAUGCCUGUGUGUGGCUUGAGGAAGAAUUGAAAACGUAUAAACGAAUUUUGGUCAUAAUAUCGCACUCCCAGGACUUUCUUAAUGGUAUAUGCACCAAUAUCAUUCACGUCAAUAAGAAGCAAUUAAAGUAUUACACUGGAAAUUACGAAGCUUUCGGCAAAACUAGAAUGGAACUGCUUGAGAAUCAAGCAAAGCAAUAUAAUUGGGAGCAAGACCAAAUAGCUCAUAUGAAAAACUAUAUUGCACGAUUUGGUCACGGUUCCGCCAAACUGGCCCGUCAAGCUCAAUCUAAGGAAAAAACCCUUGCCAAAAUGGUAGCUCAAGGGCUUACCGAAAAGGUUACAAGCGAUAAAAUUCUCAAUUUUUAUUUCCCAUCUUGUGGAACUAUUCCGCCACCAGUGAUCAUGGUGCAAAACGUAAGUUUCCGUUAUAACGACGAUUCGCCAUGGAUUUACAAGAAUCUAGAGUUUGGUAUCGACCUUGACACAAGGCUUGCUUUGGUUGGUCCUAACGGUGCUGGAAAGAGUACUCUUUUGAAACUGCUCUAUGGUGAAUUGGUACCAACCAGCGGUAUGAUUCGCAAAAACAGUCAUCUUCGUAUCGCAAGGUAUCACCAGCACUUGCAUGAACUUCUAGAUCUUGAUGUGUCACCACUUGACUACAUGAUGAAAGCCUUCCCUGAAGUGAAAGAACGAGAAGAAAUGCGCAAGAUUAUUGGUCGUUAUGGAUUGACGGGUCGUCAACAGGUUUGUCCAAUUCGUCAAUUGUCUGACGGUCAAAGAUGUCGCGUGGUGUUUGCGUGGCUCGCGUGGCAAGUUCCGCAUCUGCUUUUACUUGACGAGCCUACCAAUCAUCUCGACAUGGAAACCAUCGAUGCCCUUGCCGAUGCCAUCAACGAUUUCGACGGAGGCAUGGUGCUCGUGUCUCACGAUUUCAGGCUCAUCAAUCAGGUGGCGGAGGAGAUAUGGGUGUGUGAAAAUGGCACGGUGACGAAAUGGCAAGGCGGUAUUCUGGAUUACAAGGAGCACUUGAAGAACAAGGUCUUGAAGGAUAACCAGAAGAGGCAAAAGGAUCUGACGAGUCGAAGCAAAUAAUUCUGAGACACCCUUAACGAAUGCCAUCCAAACUUUUCCUUUUCCCGUCGCGCAUUCGCCUUUAUAGGAUACGCCAAGAUUUCGAUCUCACACGAUCACCGCGUAUUUGCGCUGCUGUGUAGCGCAACGGUGAUACGAAUUCAUCUAGCUAAUUUAUUUAAACGAAUCGAGGAUAGAAAGAACAUUUGCGACUGUUUGGAUACACCAGUUGCGGCACAAGUUAUAGUCUUCUAUCGAAUGGCCGACUAACCAAUUGCCUGCUGCCUGUGCACGAUUUUUUCGUAUACUUCGUCUUGAGGAAAUUACGGAUAAAUUGGAAUCAACCGAAACGUUAAUAAAAUAUGCCGAUACGGAGUAAGGAAA